AUGGACAGCUCUGUUAUUCGUCUCAUAGUGACAUUAACGUGGCUGCAUUCGUUACAUGCAGCCUUUACCAAUGUGGCAUUGAAUAAGGCGGCCACCCAAACUGACACGCAUAUCGGAGGCGAUGCAUCAUUGGCCGUGGACGGGUCUAGUUUCCAGGCAUCUUCUUAUGCGGACACUGGGUGCACAAGGACCGUGUCUGAGGACGCGUUUUGGGAGGUCGAUUUGGGAGACCUCUACGUGAUAAAUCAAGUGCAAAUAUUAAAUAGACUAGUCGCGCGUUUGCAAGACGUCGAGAUAUAUUCCUCAAGAGAGAGAAACGCAUACACAUUGGCAAAUUAUCAAUCUGGUGUUGCCGGUGACAGUGUAACUUUCACCCAGGAUAUAUUUGCACGCUGGAUCAAAGUCACACGACGUACGCCUAUUGCAGCACUCAGCUUAUGCGAGGUGUUGGUUUUCGGUUUUCUACCGCAUGACGCAGAGUCCUUCCGGCGUUUGUCAUCUCACGAACCCACAGGCUCUCCACUGACAGUCAUUAACAGUUUGACGUCAUUGAUGAAAUGCGCCGCGCACUGUGACCGCCAGAUGGCGCCAAGAUGUAGGUCAGCACAGUACAACACGUCAACGAAAACAUGCUCUCUGUACCAGUGGUUUGACAACAACUUGAGCACAAGCGCAAACUCCGUUAUGCUCAUACGUGAAUAUGGAGUGCGGUUUCUUACAUAACCAGGGACUCGUCUUAUUGAAGGGACAUAUUGACGGCUAAUGAACAAUACAAAUAUCAUCAAUACGUUUAUAUUAUAUGGUUGCGUAACAUAUAGAUCUAUGUUUUACAAGUACUUUUUCUAUGGGAUGUGUAAUUCCAUUUUUGUAUCAGCGCACUUGUUAAAAACUGUCUCAAAGUCGCAUCGUAUGGUGAAUUAUUUAAAUGCGUUAAUCGUCAAUGUACUUUGUUAAUCUGUAAAUAGUUCAAUGUCGUGUUUGUUUGGUCAAAUUUUAUGUGAAAUGUAAUUGGAAUGUAUUGAAGUUUACUGUUGAGUGAAAUUAGGUGACGAUGAUUUAUUGCUUUAACGGCACUGAGUGUACGUUGUCAUCGGGUUGAACGAUUGUGCUCAACUCGUCACUCCGCUGUAUAUAUGGGACGUGAUCUGUGAACAGGGUGUUUGAUCACGUGCGUAAAGUGUCCCACUGCACAGGCUAAGCAGGCACGUCAAACUGCUUUAUGAUAUGUUUCGUUUCAAGAAAGUAUCUUCUUAGCAAAAAUCUGGUUUAGGCGGAAAGUGUCGUUCCUAAUUAUCUAGUGCGGACUGCACAGGCUAAUAUCGGACGACACUUUACGCACAUGCAUUAACCCCCCCCCCUUUUUCACACAGCACGGCUAAUAUUUCGUUAAAUUGUUUGUGUGUUUCGUUUAUCAUACAUUAAUUUAUCUACGCAGUCUAAGAGUAAAAUUACUUUCAACAAGUUUUACAUGUUUGGUAAUCCUGCCAUAUACCAGGAUUUUAAGAAGAUGCUUUAAACAAAUCUUCGAUAUUAAAAGUAGACAGUCCAAUAUGUCCGGUAUAUUUGAUUAUUACUAUUCAAUGUUU